GGCAGCAAACGUCCCACAGAAGAAGCACACAAGAAGAACUAAUGAACUUUCUUUACAUAAACAGAAACUAGUUCUAAUAUACCAAGGCUUUGCAUUCAAGUAGAAGAUUUUCAGAUAGCAGAAAAAAUCUACCAGGAGAAGAAAAGGCUAUAUGGUUUUUUUACCAAAAGAACAAACAAGUAAAUUUAAUGGAAAGGCAUAAUUUAGCUGUUGAGGAAAGGAAUCAUCCUUGACCAAGUUCUGAGUGGGGAUCCAGAAAGUACCUAUUAAGAGAAGCUCGAAGAACUGUCAAACAUCUCUUCUUCCUCAAGAUUACUUAUGUGGUUUUCCUUCUAAGCCCUUCGAGCGUUCUUGGGUCACCAUGAAUAUAUUUCGGAUCCUGGGGGAUGUCUCUCACCUCUUAGCUAUGAUCAUAUUGCUGGUGAAGAUAUGGAGAUCAAAGUCUUGUGCUGGCAUCUCGGGAAAGAGCCAAGUCCUUUUUGCAAUCGUUUUCACAAGCCGCUACCUUGAUUUAUUCACAAAUUUCUUCUCAAUCUACAAUACUGUCAUGAAGUUUGUUUUCUUAAUGUGUGCCUACAUUACUGUGUACCUUAUCUACGGGAAGUUCCGUAAAACCUUUGACAAUGAGAAUGACUCUUUCCGCCUUGAGUUCCUUUUGAUCCCUGUCACAGGCCUGUCAUUUCUGGAAAACCAGAGUUUCACCCCUUUGGAGAUCCUCUGGACUUUCUCGAUUUACCUGGAAUCAGUGGCCAUUCUUCCGCAACUUUUCAUGAUUAGCAAAACAGGCGAGGCAGAGACAAUCACCACACAUUACCUUUUCUUCUUGGGCCUCUACCAUGCUCUCUAUCUUGCCAACUGGAUCUGGCGCUACCAAACAGAAAACUACUAUGAUCAAAUUGCUGUAGUUUCAGGAGUUGUACAGACCAUCUUCUAUUGUGACUUUUUUUACCUCUACGUUACUAAGGUAUUGAAAGGAAAGAAAUUGAGCCUCCCAGUGCCCAUCUGAAGAGGUGCACGAACAAUGCAUGUUCCUGAAGACACUCCAAGAUUGUUUUUUGUGCCGUACGGUUCAGCUAUCCUGCAGGGAACUUACUUGUUCCUCUACGCUGUGACUAGCGAAUUUCAGACUGUGCCUAAAGACUGAAUGGCUAGAAAUUCUUCAGUGUUGAGUGAUACUUAAGUAUUUCCGUUGUCUUUUAUAUCUGAGCAUCCCUUUGGUAA